AGCACGGCAGGCGGGGCCGGCCCGGCAGCCUCCCCGCUGGGGCUGAGCGGCACAGACCCGGCCGCGGCCGCGGGAGGGAGGCAGGCGACGUCCCCGUGAGUGCUGCGUUCUGUCUGCUAGGGUUUCGCGGGUUAAUAAUUCAGGCCGUCCUCUGCAACAGGAAACCCAGCCGGCCGGCCGAGCCCGCUCCCACAGGGCUCCGGGGCGGCCAGUCGGCCGCUGCUGCUCGGAGCUGAAGACCCGUGAGGACGGCCGCCUGCCCUCGCCCAUGCCCGUGCCCAGCAGGCAUGUGGGUGUCGGUCGCUCUCAGAGCUGGGACGCCGCCGGCUGGUACGGCGGCCCCUGGGCAGUGGCUGAGGCCCCCGGCCGGAGCGGCCCCCUGACCGAUGGGGGUAGAGAGGGGCCCUGGCGCGAGCCCGCGCCCGACCUGUGCCGGGAGGUCUUCUACAGCUCGGUGGCCGGCAGGAAGAGCUCCGUCCCCGACUUCGCCUUCUACGACAGCAGGCAGGCGGUGAUGACCGCGCACGCCGCCCUGCUGCCGCGGGAUUGCUACGGCGACCCGACUGGAGAGGCUCAGGUGCCCCGAGAGCUGCGCCAGCACCGGGACCCCGGAGUGGGCCGCUCACUGGCCGGCUACGGAGUGCCUGGGGGCGGGGCGACGUGGGAGCAAGGGCAAGGCCGGGCCCCUGCGCUGCAGGACGUGGCCCGCCUGUACCGGGACCCUGCAGGUAAAGCGGUGGCCCCGGGACUGCGGGCGCAGAGCAGGGCCUUGUCGCCGCCGCGGCACGCCGGGGAGCUGGCCCACAGCAGGUACCAGGCAGAGGCGACCAUUUACCCCGCCGGCCAGGCCUACAACGACGUUGGUGUCGGCGAGAGGCCUGUGGAUCCCGCCACCGCCAGGCAGGUGGCCCCCACGUGCCUGGUCGUGGACCCCACUGGCGCUGCCGCCCCUGAAGGUGCCCCGGGGACGGCGCCGGGCACCCCGAGUCGGGGCUACGGGCAGGGCGGCGACCCCUCCAGGAUGUCUCUCGGGAGCUGUGAGGCCGGCCUGUCCUGCUUCCCGGAGCCCGGCGGCACGAGGAGCGCGCAGCCCGAGUUCCUGGCGCUGCUGCGGGCGGAGGGCGUGGCGGAGGCCACGCUGGUGGCCCUGCUGCAGCAGGGCUUCGACUCCCCGGCCGUCCUGGCCACCAUGGAGGACGCAGACGUCAGGUGUGUCGCGCCCAACCUGGGCCAGGCCCGCGUCCUGAGCCGCCUGGCCGGCAGCUGCAGAGCCGAGAUGCAGCUGCGGAGGCAGGGCCCGGCGGGCGCCCCGCCCCGGGCUCGCUCCAGCAGCCUCGGCCACCGCGGCGAGCUCCUCGGCAACCUGUCCCCUCUGGGCACCGCGGGCCCCCUGCAGGCAGCACCCCCCCGGGCCGGGGACCUGGCUCGACGCCCCUCCAGCGCUCCCUCCCAGCAUCCGCUGGAGCCGGCGGCCACCUACUCUGCCCCUGGGGUGGGGGCCCACGCCCCCCUCUUCCCCUCCAGCUCCGGGUACAGCUCUCCCACCCCCUGCGCCCUGACCGUGCGGCCGGGCUCCAUGUACCCCCCGCAGGCGGGGCUGGCCCUGACGCACCCGGGCCCCGCCGCCCCGCUGCACCCCCGGACGGCCUACUCCACGGCCUACACAGUGCCCAUGGAGCUGCUGAAGCGGGAGCGGACCGCGGCCGCCGCGCCUCUGUCCAGCCCCCACGGCGGCGCCCAGCUCCUGCGGAAGCCCGGCGUCCCUGCAGACCCGUCCACCCUGCCGCCGGCCGGCCAGAGCCUCCACGCGCCCUACCAGAAGGUGGCCCGGCGCACGGGGGCCCCCAUCAUCGUGUCCACCAUGCUCGCUCCAGAACCAAGUAUCCGCCCCCAGAUCAUGAACGGCCCCCUGCACCCCCGGCCCCUGGUGGCACUGCUGGACGGCCGGGACUGCACCGUGGAGAUGCCCAUCCUGAAGGACCUGGCCACCGUGGCCUUCUGUGACGCGCAGUCCACGCAGGAGAUCCACGAGAAGGUGCUGAAUGAAGCCGUGGGCGCCAUGAUGUACCACACCAUCACCCUCACCAGGGAGGACCUGGAGAAGUUCAAGGCCCUGAGAGUGAUCGUGCGGAUCGGCAGCGGCUACGACAAUGUCGACAUCAAGGCUGCCGGCGAGCUGGGGAUCGCCGUGUGCAACAUCCCGUCGGCAGCGGUGGAGGAGACGGCCGACUCUACCAUCUGCCACGUGCUCAACCUGUACCGGAGGAACACGUGGCUGUACCAGGCGCUGCGGGAGGGCACGCGGGUGCAGAGCGUCGAGCAGAUCCGGGAGGUGGCCUCGGGAGCCGCCCGCAUUCGUGGGGAGACACUGGGCCUCAUCGGCUUUGGUCGCACAGGGCAGGCGGUCGCUGUUCGAGCCAAGGCCUUUGGAUUCAGCGUCAUCUUUUAUGACCCCUACUUACAGGACGGGAUAGAGCGGUCCCUGGGUGUACAGAGGGUCUACACCCUGCAGGACUUACUCUAUCAGAGCGACUGCGUCUCCUUGCACUGCAAUCUCAACGAACAUAAUCACCACCUCAUCAACGACUUUACCAUAAAGCAGAUGAGGCAAGGAGCGUUCCUGGUGAACGCGGCCCGCGGCGGGCUGGUGGACGAGAAGGCCUUGGCCCAGGCCCUCAAGGAAGGCAGGAUACGAGGGGCAGCCCUCGACGUGCACGAAUCAGAGCCUUUCAGCUUUGCUCAGGGUCCCUUGAAAGACGCGCCGAACCUCAUCUGCACGCCCCACACGGCCUGGUACAGCGAGCAGGCGUCACUGGAGAUGAGGGAGGCCGCGGCCACGGAGAUCCGCCGGGCGAUCACAGGUCGCAUCCCAGAGAGCCUAAGAAACUGUGUGAACAAGGAAUUCUUUGUCACAACCGCGCCCUGGUCAGUAAUAGAUCAGCAAGCAAUUCACCCGGAGCUCAACGGUGCCACCUACAGAUACCCGCCGGGCAUCGUGGGCGUGGCCCCGGGCGGACUCCCCGCCGCCAUGGAAGGGAUCAUCCCCGGAGGCAUCCCGGUGACUCACAGCCUCCCCACGGUGGCACACCCUUCCCAAGCACCCUCCCCCAACCAGCCCACAAAACACGGGGACAAUCGAGAGCACCCCAACGAGCAAUAGCAGAGGAUGACAGGAGGUCAGAUAAACCUGGGACCAAGAGACAGUGAGGAACAGACGAACGAAGAGGAAAGGAGCGUGCGGUCUUUCUGGCGGACUCGGGCGGGCGCGCCGCUGACCACGCAGCGUUCCGCUGAGGAAGAGCUGGAAGCUGAGACGCGGGAAAGCGGAAGACGCCUUCGCCUUCCGGAGGCCCCGAAAGACUGGGACGUGACUGGUUAACGACCAACUUCUGUUGUUGUGUGUUAAGUUUUUCAUCUGUGCAUCAAAUCACAAAGAAUAAACGGAUCUUUUUCCUUUACCAGCCCCUUGGGCCCAGCAGGCCCCGAACACCUUGCUAUAGAGAAUGUUGCGUCGAGAGUUCCAAACAUCCAAAUAAAAAUUGAGAGGCGAUCCCGGCCCUGUGACCCCGGUCCCUCCGGUCCCCGGGGGCUGCUCCUGCUGCUGCUGGGAAGCCCUGCACCCGUGUCCGUGGCCGGGCUGCGGGCGCAGGGCCUGGCCACUCCCGGCUCCUGCACAGAGAACUCGACCCUCUGAACUGCGCGCCGCGCGGGCAAGUCGGCCAUGAGUUCAGUGAUAUACCCUCUAAUGAUGCAAAAAGUAUUAAGUUUCACAAGCUGUUUGUACUCAAAUAUAUUUUCUCAGUUCAGAUCCUCAGCUAUUUUAUUGAGUGGAAAGUCUUGAACUGAAAGAGUUCAAGAAGAAUAAUGUUGCAUUUCCUUAUGUCUCAGGAAACACUUUUUAUGGUAACUUGUCAGAUUGUCUAUGAACAAACCCACUUUUUUAGACAUUGAUAAAGUCUUCUUUUCUUCACGUGAUAUUUUAUACAAGAACACUUCAGGUGUGUUAUUAGAUGUGACUGAUUUUAACAAAUCCUAUUAGAUUUGUAUCAGCUAGUUACAUGUUAUAUUCAUAGUCUUUUGUGAAUCAUCGCCUUUUUGUUUAAAAGAUGGCCUAUUUUGAGCCUUUGUAUAGGUACAUUCCUGUUUUUGUGACAAAAACCUUUAAAACUGUCCCAACAGAAAAACGAUGGCUAUCAGAAAUGUUUUGUUUUAGUGUGAGUUACCGUUACUGUAUCUGUUUAUUGUAAAGGUGGACAUUUAGCGUUCAGUGCAGUUUUCAAUAAAAGGUAAUAAAAA